GUGACUUUGUAACGGAGAUGCCUGUUUGCUCUUCUAAUGUUCUGCUGUCGUAAUGGUCCAGAAUGAGAUUUAGAAACAUAAACUUAUUAGAGAGCCAAGUCCCAUGUAGAUCUGCUACUGGACUCUUGAGUUUGGUACAGUACUCAACCAGAAUCACUUCAGUAUAUCAUGUUUAGACAAUAUCUGUGUGUGUCUGCAUUUGUGUACGUUCCAGAGAGAGCAGUUGGGGGUAGAUGUUUGACAUGCCCUCUCUGAUGUCUGCGAGAACUACCCAGAGGACUCUCUCUGCCCACUUGCAGAAAUGGAAGCCAAAGCUAAAAAGAUGUCUUGACUACACAGCAGGAGACAGUUUUGUGGCCACCUGUCUGCCACAGGGACUGUCGCUUUCAAUGUUUCUCUUCAGGAUCUGAGCUUUAUUGCAGAACCUUGGAAUUCCACCCCUUGAACCUGUAGCACGUGAUCGCAGUCAGAGUGUCUGAUAAAGUAGGAGGCUGGUGCGCUGUGAAGGAGAAGCAAGCGCGCAGUCGACCUGGGCCAGGUGUUUGUGAGCUGACUCCUCAUACACCAUGUUUGUGUCCAGUUGGGUUCUGUUGGCUGUCCUUGUCGUGGGAGGAACCUGGAGUUUUGUCCUCCGCCAAGAUGAGAGGAACUGCACCGCCGACCCACCGUACAUCCCCCCCACAGCCAUCAACAGCACCCUACGGCUCAUUGCUCUACGGCAGACCAUGGCUCCGCUCAACAUCCACGCCUACAUCAUCCCUGGCACCGACGCCCAUCUGAGUGAAUAUAUCGCCCCACGCGAUGCUCGGAGGGCCUGGAUGACGGGCUUCACUGGGUCUGCUGGCACAGCGGUGGUGACCCAGACGCAGGCGGUAUUGUGGACUGAUAGUCGGUACUGGGUGCAGGCUGAGCGACAGAUGGACUGCAACUGGGAGCUGGUGAGAGACUCAUCGACAAACAGUAUCACAAACUGGCUGAUCCGGGAGGUUCCAGAGGGCAUGGAGAUCGGCUUUGACCCCUUUCUUUUCUCCGUUGACACGUUUGAGGCCUUUAACAGUAAGCUGACCUCAGCCAACCGAUCCUUCAUGUCCCUCCCUGACAACUUGGUGGACAAAGUGUGGGCCGACCGUCCCCCACUUCCCCCCGAAAACCUCUUCCGCCUCCCAGACAACAUCAUCGAGAGAACCUGGCAGGAGAAAGUGCAGGAUAUCCGGCGGCAGAUGUGGGACAAUCCCUACAAGCCGACGGCCAUCCUGCUGUCUGCGCUGGACGAGACGGCCUGGCUCUUCAACCUGCGUGGUAAUGACAUCCCCUACAACCCCUUCUUCUACUCCUACACCCUGCUGACCCAGGAGCACAUCUGGCUGUUUGUACACAACCAGCGAGUGACAGAGGAGCUGAAAGCCUACCUGAAUGCAUCAUGCCAGGGUUCCCUCUGCAUACAGCUGCCAGGCUAUGACCACGUGCGCGAUGAGCUUCGGCGCUACAUGGAGCAGCCUGGCGUGAGAGUGUGGAUCGGCACUGAGUUCACCACCCGCGGCCUGUCUGAGAUCAUCAGCCCAAAGGAGAAGCUGCUGACCAGCACCUACUCCCCAGUGCUCAUCGCCAAAGCGGUGAAGGACGAGACGGAGCAGCGGGUGCUGAGACAGGCUCACGUGAGGGACGCAGUCGCUGUCAUCCAGCUGUUGACCCGGCUGGAGAAGACUGUCCCCGAGGGGCAGGAGACAGAAGUGACCGCCGCCCACUUUGUGGACGAGUGUCGCAGCAAGCAGAACUUCAGCAAGGGACCCAGCUUUGAAACCAUAUCGGCCAGUGGACCCAACGCUGCCCUGGCCCACUACAGUCCCACCAACGAAACCUGCCGCAAGCUGACCGUGAAUGAGAUGUAUCUCCUUGACUCAGGUGGCCAGUAUCUAGAUGGGACGACUGACAUCACUCGGACUGUGCACUGGGGUACUCCCACUGACUUUCAGAAGGAGGCUUUUACACGUGUGCUGAUGGGAAACAUUGAGAUAUCGCGUACCAUCUUUCCUACAGGUACCAGAGGCAUAAACAUAGAGAUGCUGGGACGCAGGGCAUUAUGGGAAGUUGGCCUCAACUACGGUCAUGGCACCGGGCACGGCGUGGGGAACUAUUUUGGUGUCCAUGAAUGGCCCGUGGGAUUCCAGAGCAAUAACAUCCCAUUUACCAAGGGAAUGUUCACCUCCAUAGAGCCAGGAUAUUACCGAGAGAAUGAGUUUGGAAUAAGGAUUGAAGAUGUAGCAGUUGUGGUAUCUGUCGAAACAAAGUAUGGUGGGGGGUACCUGACCUUUGACACGGUGUCACUGGUGCCUUACGACAGGAAGCUGAUUGACACUUCCCUUCUGAGCCCAGAACAGCUGAAAUGGCUGGACGACCACUACAAGAAGAUCCGUAGCGUGGUGGGACCCGAGCUGGAGCAGCAGGGCCUGCUCGAGGAGAAAGCGUGGCUCCUGAGGAACACAGAGCCCUUUCUGUCUGAUGGUGCAGGUGCUGGGCUCUCGCUCCAGGCAGCACCAGUGCUGGUCUCCAGUGCCUUACUCCUGCUGCACCUCCUCUAAGGCCAUGUGUGUGUGUGUGUGUGUGUGUGUGUGUGUGUUGGGAAGGAUGGGAGGCACUUCGCAGCGUCACAGACGGGUACAGAGAUGGCUCACACUGUCAUUCAUAUGACUUUCCUUUGUGAACGUGGUUUUGCUUAAUUGACUCUCAGUUUUGUGCAACUCACCAGUUUUCUUCCUAAGGGAAGGUGCCUAGCCAGCAUAGAUAGAUCAACGUUAGCUGAGCAUAGACAAUGCGAUGCCUCCGCCAUGCUUUAGCGAAGGUGAUGGGGUUUUUCCUGUAGCACUAGCAUAAACAGUAGGAUAUGCGAGACACGUGUUGAUGAUUAACAAGCAUUGCCUGACAGUGUGAUGUUAAUAAAUGUAUGGUGUCCGGUCA